AUGCCCGCCUCCAAAUUGGCACAAGAGUCUACUCAAAAGCCAGAAUUCAGGCCGACCGUUUAUGGACUGAUUUCUGAGCUUUGCGUGUUGCUGAAUAAGCUAGAGAGUGAUCGUGCGGAGGUGCCCUCCCUUGCAGCGGGCGCGCAUUCCAAGCUGUGGACUGCCCAAGGCGAUAGCUUAGCGGCGUCUCGCGAUCGAGCUUUGGAGCUUUUGAGGAACCUAUGCCAGCUAUUGCAAGGACCGCAUGAAUACUUUCAUUCCUUGGUGUCUUCAAAUUGGGAUCUUGGAGCUCUCUACACAAUCAUCGAGCUUGGAAUAUUGGAGAAAAUCCCUUUGACCUCUUGCGCAAACGUGAUUGAUCUUUCUGAAGAGCUUGGCUUAGAUGAGCGGAAAUUGCUUACACUCCUCCGACUUGUCACAUGCUCAAACAUUCUUUACGAGGCCGAAGACGGGUUCUUUGGGCAUACUGCCCUGUCUCAAGAGCUUUUGCAAGACGAGCAAUUCCGAGCCUUCAUAGGAUUCCAGCUGUUUGAGGCCAGGAUCGGCAGUGUGCAUUUGGCAGACUCCCUGAAGGGGAGCAAAAACACCUUUGAGCAUGGGUGUUCAGCUUUCAAACACGCAAUGGGUAUACCGCUAUACCAGUGGCAUGGUGAGAACACGGAGAAAGGUACGAGGUUCCGUAUGGCUAUGCAGGGGGUCUCAAAAAGUCUAGACCCUGGUGACGAUUUGUUCCGUCAGUGGUUUAAGCAGCAUUCUGAAUCUGGCACAUGUCUAACCGUCGUCGACGUUCUUGGAGGCAACAAACCAAGCCAGCAAAAGUUCAUUGGCGAGUUUCCAGAGCUCAAUUUCGUUUCCGUUCACGACAUUGGCGAAAUAGCCUUUGUUGACGGACCUAUUCUGGCAUAUGUCGUCCGCAAUGUGUUCUGGAACAAGAGAGACAACGAGGUGAUCUCCGUGAUUCGGAGCAUCCACCAAGCUAUGGAGAAAAACGCAAAAGCCACGCUGUUGAUUAAUGAAAUGCUGUCGCCAGCUAGAGGCGAAUUCCCAGGAGAUCUCGAGCACGCCUAUCGUCGACGCGACGUUACAACGAUGACUAUGCACAACGCGAAGCAACGGACUGUCGCUGAAUGGCAUGGGCUAUUUCGUGAAGUAGAUCUAAAGUGGAAGAUCCGACUGGUCACGGGUAAUUCGUCACAUAGCUACAGAGGGCUUUGGGAGAUACAAAUGAAUUAGCAUUCGACACUGUGAUUACUGGUUUCAGGGUGGAAUUUUAACGAGAGGCCUUAAUUAAG